AUGUUUGACAGGUUUAAAGUCGAAGGUAGUUUGAGGGCUGAGUUAUUAAUAUCCAAGUUGGAUGCAAAAAUGAGAAACGUGCUGAACGAAAUCGAUAAAGAUGAUUUACAAAACUAUGAAAUAUUGUCCCUUCUGGUGGCAGAUCGAAUGAAGGAGCUGUUGCCGAAGAACUUAUUGGAUCAUAUCCUUACACGAGAGGGUGAGGAGUGGUUUACCCUUGAUCGGAUGGCCGACAUUUUGGAGCGAUAUGAAGCCAACAUGAAUAUGACAUGUUCUACCUAUCUCACGGCAGGAUAUAAAACACGACCGAUGACGGAUCAAGGUAGUAUGAACAAAAAGUAG